GGAGAGUGUCUACGUAUCGCCGCGGUAACCUUGAAAUCGGUAACAAUUAGCGAUUCGGGCAUUUAUGUCGCGUCCGUAACCGAAAAACGGCGUCCGAUCCGAGCGAGCCCGCGCGAAUGAGGUGGCAAGUUCAAGCCGUACCCCCGGGCGGUCGAAAAUUUUCGUCUCCGUCGCAUACCUACCUGCGGCACACCUGUCGACCGUUCAGUACGACUUUUCCACCUGCGCGAGAACGUGCUGUCGCUGCAGCGAGCCGCGCCGUACCAACUCCGUGUGUGCGUUUUCGUUUGUUUGCAGCCGCGUGAUUUUCGUUUUGCCGAGCCGCCGUUUUCGAAAAGCGAGGAAACCGUGACGGCGCCGCGACCAACGCUUCAAAGCAGACGCGGCGCGGCAAUGUCCGACCCGAGGACCUGAGGAUCGAGCACCAUGACCGUCGUCGUCUACGUCGUCGUCGCGACUCUUUCGGUCGCGGCGGCGCAGGAGGCUCAAUCGCCGUGCUACGGGGGCGGUAGCAUCGCGACGGCCGUCGUUCUGACGGCCGUUUUGUCGUUGGUCGCCGUCGCGGCGCUGCUUUACUUUCUGCACAGGCGUCGGCGGCAGAUGAUCAAAGGCAGCCACCUGAUUUUGGAAAGCGACCCCGAGAAAGGUCCGAAAAGCGACUUCGCGUUCGACAAUCCCGGAUUUAAGGACGCGACGCUCGUUUCCGAGAAACCGCCCAAGUGGACGCCGUGGGCCCCGUUGGCGGCGCUCGCCGCGAGACCGGAAAAGAAACGCGCCUUGGACGACUCCGUCCUGGAGAAUUGCGAGGUUAAAGUGGUGGCGUUGAAGAGCCGCGACUUUACCGGCCUGGGAUUUAGCGUGUGCGGCAAUAUGAAGGACGGCAUUUACGUGAGGGACGUAUUGCACCGUGGACCCGCCUUCGAGUCCGGCAAACUCGUCGCCGGAGAUCGCAUUCGAAGCGUGACCAUCAGUUUCGAGCACAUGGUGUACGAAGACGCGCUGGCCAUCCUCAGCUACGCCAGCCCCUACGAGGUUAUGGUCGAGGCCAAGAGCGGCGGCGGCGGCGGCGGUCACGGCCCCUCGGGCACCCCGCGUCACCCCGUCUACCGCAACGCAUCUUGCACCGACUUGUACCACAUAACCAAGUCCGCGAGAGGCGAGGACUACUCGUCCGGCUCGAACUACUCCAGCUUGCAAAAGUCGAUGGGCGGUCCCGCGGCCCUCCCCGAUAGGCUCGAGUCGAAAUCGCCAAGGUCCAAGGCGAGGAAACCGGACCCGGAGGAGGUGGUGACGGCGGCGCAGGUGCAAACGGCCGCGAAACCUCCUCCGGCCCACCCGGGGGUGGACGGGAGCCCGAAAAUCGAGGAGCAGAACGAGAACAAUCUGAACCUGGAGGCGGACGACGCGGACGCGGCGGAAGAUCGGCCGCAGCCUAGGAAAAGGGAGCGGAAGUCCGCGGAGUUCGAACGCGGCGACUCGGACAUCGAGCGCGACAAGAACGGGGUACCGCGAGAGAUACCCGACUACUUGGCGGAGGCGGCGAACGCCGCCAGGUCGAACCGAAAGGUCGCGGAAUCCGAGAAGAAGGGCAAAGGGCCCGCGCCCGCGCCGCCUCCCGAACGAGAACCCGCGUACCAUUCGGACUCGGACGAGGAAGCGGGGAACCUGUCGUCGGUGAACACCAUCGAGCUCAAUCCGGGCGACGUCACCGUCCACCAGUCGGAGGACGAGGAGCGCAAGACGGCUAGCACCGGUGACCUGUCCAAGCUGAAGCCGGCCAGGUCGAAGACGGGCGCGCUGGAGCGCGCCCAAAGCCUGGACAUCGCCGACGCGUCGGGCGCCAACCUGGUGAAAAAAAAGAUCUACGACGAGACCGAGAAUCUGAUCAUCGACAAGGAGCCGAGACUCUCGGUGAUCCUGGACGGUCUGAACACGUGCCAGAGGAACCGACUGAAAACGUCCGCCGAGUGGGGCGACCUGGAGGACGUCAUCUUGAACGAUCGACGGAGGCGAUCCGAGCCGCAAUUCGACGCGCUCCUCGACCUCGCCAACCAAAUCAAGCGCGAGACGCCGGAGGAGACGGUCACCAACGCGAUAUGGCCGGACGAGAGCGAAAUCCGAGGCGUCACGGUGCUCGCGUCCGAGCCGAAGCGCCGCUUCGUCUUCGGCGGCAAAAAGUCGCGACAGCGCGUGCCGCACCGGGACCCGGGGGACGAACCCGUCGGCGACGAGAGCGCGCCGUGUAAACUGAUCCGGGACGAGUGGGAGAUCGAGGAAUCGCCGCCGCGAUCGCCGACCCUCGUGGAAGAAGUGAUGGACGGCAUCGGCAACGUCCCCGACGAGACCAAGCACGUCGGCGACGCGAAAACGGCGACGGACGCGUUUUUGCACCACGAACGGACGCGAUACGAGCACGACACCAACGUGCCCGACGACCUGAAAGUAUCGCGGCACGCGACGGUUACGAGCCACGUCGUCGUCGCGGAGAACGGCGGCUCGAACCUGCACAGCCUCGAAUUUAGCGUCAACGAGCCGGGCGAACUUUACGUCGCCGCUAUCGACGACGUCGGCGUCGCGGACGCGGCCCCGGAGGAGGACGUUCGUCCCGCGCGGGACGUGGUGGAGAUCGUCGAGAGCACGUUCUCCCGAUUGGAAGUCGACGGUCCGGAGAAGACGUACGUGACCGAGAUCCAGGUGCUCACGGCUCCCGGUCGGGACGAGGCCGUCUCGAACGGCGACCACUUGGAGAGCGCGUUCGAAAACUACGUGAAAAAUUUCGAAUCGCGGCUCGAGAACUUCGAGAGCAACAUGCAGAAUUUCGAAAACAACCUGGAGGAGUUUAUUCGGGAGGAGCCGCGGCCGAUCAUCGCGGACGAGGAGCCGAGCGAGAUCGAGAAGCAGGUAAGCAAGAUCCAGGAGAUGGCGGAGGAGCAGCUGAAGCGGCUGCCCGAGAUGCGGUUCAGCACGUCCAGCUACGAGGGUGGCGGCCGGAAAACGCCGGAAAAGCGACACUCGUUCGAGCUGCUGCGCUCGAAUUUCGAGAGGAGGGACUCGACGGCGACGACGCCGCCCAAGUCGCGUAUCCCCAUCGCGACGACGGCGAAGACGCCGCCGAUGAGUCCCGAGAGGCGGGACUCGCGCAACCUGGACAACGAGAACGAGAGGGCCAUCCUGGAGUUGAUGUCCACGUCUACGCCUUUCGCGUCGAAAAUUAAACCGCCGAAGAACGUGACCGUUACCUCGAUCCGCAACAACUCCAAGAUACCGUCGGGGUUGCCGACGCCGUCGGGGAGGCCGCCCAUCGCCCCCAGGAAGCACGACGCCGCCUCGGACGCCGUCCAGAUAUCGACCAACGGCAGCGCGGAGAGCGGCUUCAAGCAGUGGGUGUUCAACCCCGCGAACGUCACCAACGUGACCGUCGGCAAGGACAAGUGACGUAGUUAAUUUCAGGUAAGCUCAGGUUAAGGAACGCUCAAGUCUAAAUAGAUGAAACAUCGUUUAUAUAUAUAUAUAUAUAUCGUUCACUUUUAUUAUAUAUUUUACUAUUUUUCACAUUGUUGUUGGAAAAUUUUAUUACUAAUACGGCAUAUCCAACGCAGUUACCUCCAUGUGUCAUCGAGUAAUAGCAAUCGUUGGUGUAUUGUUAAGUGUUAUUUGUUUCUCUGUAUAUACUGUAUGUAAUUUAAAGAUUGUUUGACUAUUUAAAAUAUAUCAAUAAACACGACAGAAGUAUAAUUGCGAG